CCUUGUAGUCGUCUCGGGAUGGACCUUUGUUGGAUUAUAGGAUUUUUUGUACCUAUCCUUUUGGAAUCCAAAGUUGUCAAAGGUCAAGAUCUGAUGAUGAGGGAGGCUGUAUCUUCAGUAUGAGGGCACCUUGUAGUCGUCUCGGGAUGGACCUUUGUUGGAUUAUAGGAUUUUUUGUACCUAUCCUUUUGGAAUCCGAAGUUGUCAAAGGUCAAGAGCACCGACAUUUGGCAGUAGAGUGCGCCUCAGAUUGGACUCCAUAUGACAAGAACUGUUACCGAUUAUACACAUCAACGAAAUCUUGGACAGAGGCCUUUAUAGCUUGCCAGUCUGUCGGAAGUAUUCUAGUGGACAUAGAAUCUGCCAGCGAACAAACUUUCCUGCAAAAUUUUGUCAGCGGAGGACCGUCGGUUUGGAUAGGUGCUUCCGAUUCUGCGACAGAGGGACAGUGGCGCUGGUACAGCAGUCCUCAGUCCUGGGUGUUCAUUAAUUGGGAUAGCGGUGAACCGAAUGACUUUCAAAAUGAAGACUGUAUCGAAUUUAGAAGCAGUGGUAAAUGGAAUGAUUUACCCUGUGAUAGAAAAUUGGCAUAUGUCUGCAAACAGAGUAACAUGUUGUCCUUUUGUGACUCUACCUGGAGUACCAGAAACGGACACUGUUACAAGCGGUUCCCAUCUAAAGUCAUCUGGUCUGAGGCUCUAGAGACCUGCCAGGCCAACUCCGGUUAUCUUGCCAGCAUAGAGGACUCUGGGGAAAUGUCUUACGUAAACGGUAUAUUCGAUGGAGAUAAUUUUUGGAUCGGUGGAUUUGAUAUUAUGCAGGAAGGAACGUAUAUUUGGUCAGGCACAACCCUUUCAUGGAGUUAUACCCACUGGCGUAUAGGUCAACCCGACAAUGUUACUAACCAUGAUUGUGUAUCAGUAUUCAGAGGAUUGAGUACAUGGGAGGAUUCGGAUUGUAAUUUGAUAAAUCAGUUUAUGUGUCAAAGAAAUACUUUCCACUUGCAUGAAGACCCAGUUUUAGAAAUGACUGUCAAUGAAACAACUGAAGAAAUCGGAUUCCUCUGUUUCUUCACCUCUAACUUCUCUGACGUCGAGUAUAGCAUACGGUGGUACAUUAAUAAUAACAUGGUUCAGGAGGAGAUAUACACAGACGAACGAGAGAGUUAUCUAGAAGAGAGCAAGAUUGGUCAGCUUCUGUAUGAGGAUCAGAUCAAAUGUUCCGUGACUCCCUGUAUGCCCGGAAACUGCUCCGCUAUGAAAGGUUCAAGUAGAGACAGUGAAGCAUUCAUUGCAAAAGUCCAGGUUGUUGGUGAAACACAUAUAACCACAUAUGAACGAUCAGGACCUGUCUAUAUCAAUGUUACUAGUACUGUGCCACCGAGACUUUUCUAUGACAAAGCACAUCAGAAUAACCAAUGUAAUGUUACUGUAUUUGCCGAGCUUGUAAAGGAAAAAGAAACAAAAUGUCCAGGCUCUCGCACGCCUGUCAGUCAAGUUGUGUUUGGCGUAAACACAUUUCAUAAUAAACCAUGCUAUUACCCAAUUACCAUGGACACCUGGAACACGGGAAUUUUGAUUCCAGUCAAGGCUUCAGUUGACAGUCUUAAGGAUAGGGACCAAACAAGAAAUAUCCAAUUGUAUGUCACAACACCGAACACAACUAAGCAGUUCUCCACUGUGAAGGUGACAGUAGUGGAUGAAAACAAAAUAGCAGUGUGCUCUUCUAUCAACGAUCCUCAUAUGACAACAUUUGAUAGAAUGUAUUAUGACAACUACUUGGAAGGAGAAUUUAUUCUGUACAGACACAAAUCACUGUCCUAUGAGGUACGGACAUUUUACAGAAAGUGUGAUACACGUGCAUCCUGUAACUGUGCUAUAGCAGUCCGCUCCGGAGAUGACGUCAUUCUAGUUGAUGUGUGCGGACCUACUAUGGGGAAAUCACCCAAACAGACACCAUAUACCAUUAAGAUGUAUCUAAAUGGGGACUUAACACCAGGCACAGAAGUUAUUCGAAGGUUUGGAGGAAAGACCUAUGAGAUAAUUCUACCCACCGGAGCAAAGGUGAUUGUAAUGAAUGGCUGGGUGAUUUUAGGGAGACGGUUUCUUAAUGUCAAAGUUGUGGCUUCUACGCUUGAUUACAACAACACUGAAGGAUUGUGUGGUACUUUUGACGGUAAUAGGACCAAUGAUUUCACGAAAAGGGACGGAACUGUUUAUGUGAAGGAUGGAAAACAGCCUAAUGAAUUUUCUUUAUCAUGGAGGGUAUCUGAGGAUGAAUCCUUAUAUAGAGGGUAUUGUGUGACAACUGAUGGCAGUUCUAAGAUAGAGAGGUACUGUGACUGUAUGGAGGGAGAAACAACCAUGUGUCAGGAGGGAAUGGACCUAAUGUCGUGUGUAGAAAUUGAGAAGAGGAGAGGACUGUUGGAUGCACAGAGAGGACGUAAACGUGUUACUGUAGACCUCAUAAGAGAUGCAGAAUCACCUCCGACCCGCUGUGAAUUCAUUAGCCCCCCCGAACAAUUCCAACAUGAACCAGAAUAUAGACAACCGGAUCCACAGUGGCCAACGCCAAGCAACACCACGGAAGACAUUGCAGUGAAAUUUUGCCAAGACUUUAUGGAAGCCAAAGAAUCGGGAAAACAGUGCACGAACCUUACGGGGUUUGACUUAGCCCCUAUUUUACAAGGCUGCAUCAGUGAUAUUCAGCUUACUGACGGUACCGAUUGGGCAAAGGAAAGUCUCGAUAAUUUACUACAAGAAUGUACUACCAUCGUGGAGAGCGACACAGAAAAAUGGACUGUUGAUAAUAAAACAGGAGACACGUUCCCUCCACCUGGUAUUGUAGGAAGCAUUUGUCCCAACAGCUGUGCAGAGAACGGAAAUUGCACCGGGGGAUUCUGUGUGUGUGCAGAGCCUUGGAUAGGAGAUGACUGCUCUGUCAACCGUACAGCUCCACCUGAACUAUAUCAAGUUGGAACGGGGGAGCCAUGCGACUCCAUCUGUUCCAACUGCACCCUUGUACAGCUUUAUGGCGAGAAUUUUGCUGAUGUUGAGAAUUUAACAUGCCACUACAAAUCCCAUAAUGUAACCCUUGGAUCAGCAUCAGAAGUGACAACAAGCAAGGCCGAAUUCUUCAAUAGCCAGACUGCCAAGUGCCUGAUCUCUGUUAAUGGUGUAUACGAAGUGGCCAUCAGCAAUGACGGAGAAACCACCAGUGUAUACAAAAUCUACAUCUCCUAUAAUAGUUACUGUGACAGAUGUAAUGAAACUGGCUGUAGAAGAAGGAAUGAUAUGUGUGAAAUAGGAGGUAAUUGUUUUGUCAGUGGUUUUUUCAAUCCCUCCAAUGUGUCAGAGGUGUGUGAUAUCACACGGUCCAAGAGUCAGUGGUCAACAUUACAAGUUGAAAACAUUGAAACGAGAUCUUACAUCUUCCAAAAUAUUUCCGGCCAAACAUUGAUAACCAAGAAGCACAGUGUCAGCAUAGGAGGUACCGGAACUCCUACGUUGAUCACUGGUUUAUCUGGAGAAAAGGCUGUCGUCUUGGAUGGAAAUCAAUAUAUCUCCUUAGGGGACCUAACAGGUGCUUGUUUUGGUGAUGUAGAAAAAAGUACCUUUGGUAUCACAAUUACAUUUAAUGUUAAGUUGACGGCAAACAUCUCUAAUUGUUAUGUGUUUAGUAAUGGAGGAGAAGAAGUGUCAAAUUAUGGUUAUGUUAUGUGGUUUAGAAAUGAUAAACUGCAUGCAAGCGUCAGCAACUCAGAAAAUGAGUGGGCUGUUUCCACUUCUGUCGAGGUGGAGAAGUUCAUACAUGUGGAAAUGUCCUGGAGUCUUCAAAAUGGAUUACAGUUAAACAUUGACGAGAAUGUAAAUGUGUCUAGCAAGAAAUGCUUUCUUCGACCUGCAUCCAAUUAUACAGUUUUCAAAGACUUUGUGAUCGGCGGAUCUUCAAAGAAAGACGGAAAUUGCCAGAUGGCGAUAGAAUCUUUCGCAUUUGUGUGCGCAUUUACUGACAUCAUAAACAGCACUGGAUUCAUUAUCAGAGAGCCAACAACUACAGUACCUCCAUUCGUCCCACAAUGCAAAGAGGCGUCACUUUUGAGAACGGAUGCUGCGAUCAUUUCUAUAUCGGUGGUAUAUCUAUCCGUUAAGGCGAUAUUGUGCAUCUUCAAAAAUACCCGGUUGAGCUUGAACUUGUAAUAUACAAAUCUACAGCCAUGCAUUGUUAAGGUGAUCAUCUUUCUUCCUUUCAAAUCAAGUUAUAAUUUCGUCUGCUUAUUUCGUUUGAAAUAUUUGAAGGUGAGUUAUUUUAAUUAAAAUUAUAUUGUGUCGCCUUCUUUAAGAUAGUAGAUGGAUGACCCAUAUGAAUCACGUUCUCAGGCGUCCGCCUGUUGAGUCACACUUUGAUAAUUACAAAGUCUCGUUUUUCUUAUACACAAUAACAGGAGCGUAUAUCAUAUUCAUAUCAGGGGCAGAAAGGGACGUUUUGGGGAUCUUUAUUACUAAAUUAUCCCAACCCCUUCAGAAUUAAGCCUCCAUUGCUUAAAAUGUAGGGAGCUCAUCCUACACUGCAUGCGUUGAAUUCUUAGAUUUCAAGAUUUACAUACUUCUUAGUUCUUGUUCACCACUCUAUCAAAAAGGAAACUGUUAUAUCAACGUAAAAAAAAAAAAAUAAAGGGGAGAUGUCAUCCAAUAUAACAGUUUUGAAAUAAUUGCCAAGAGCUCCCUUCCCAAUGUAUUAUACGUGCCUGAUAUAUUGAAUCUAUUGACAAGAAAUGAAAUAUAGCGGAUUAAAACAUUGCUGUUUUUAAUUUAAGUGAUUGAGAUCCCUCCAGGAAGAAGACCAUCGCCAAACACAACUGAGUUUAAGUUUAGAGGAUAAGAUGAGCGUUGCAUCAGAGUUGCGACUGAACCAAUUACAGGAACACGAUCAAAAUAUGGCAUGCCUGAUUGUGACGUUUGGCCAUCACUCCUUGGACAACCAACAGCUUUCCAUACCAAGGUUGCAACCACAUGCAGUCUCUGGAUAGCUAACAGGUGCAGACGACGAAGAAAAUAGAAACGUUUUGUACGUUUAGAAACGUUGGAUUCAAGUACUGACUAUGAAAAUAUGAACAUAGGCUUAAAAAAACUGUUGAAUCCAAUUCACUGGCACCAGGGUAGAGCACCUGCUCACAGAUAUUACUCUGUGUACCAGGAACCAAGGUGGCAGGUGAGCAGGUAGUAUGGAUGUUCAUUUUCAUCUUAAUGAUUUAAAUGGCUUACAAUUAAAGCAAUAAAGUGAAGUAAAAGGAGCAAAAUAAAAGAUGCUUUUUUUUGGACGGUAUGGAACACGAGUUUCAAAACUUUAUGCAACCAAUGAUAAAUGAAAAUAGAGCAUAGACCAGGAGAUGUUAUGAAAAGGCAGUAUGAAAACUGCAUUAUGCGUGAAACAUAAUGAGUCUACUGAUACGUCUGCCAGUGGAGUCUCUGGAAUCAACAUAUACCACAGGGUUUCUCAUAAGGCAUUAUACAUCUACAUGCAUAAUUCGUCACAUUUCUUUUUUCAUUAAUUUUGCAGCAGCACAUUUUUGAAAUUGAUUUCUUGAUGUCCAAUUAGAGCCAUCUCAAAUUAACUACGAGGCUAACGGAAAGUCAGCAUUUGUGACAACGGAUCAUACUGUUACAAAACAAUCGUUUGACAUUGAAAGUUCAAUAAUAUCCAAACCUGGACUAGUUUAUCGGUGAUUGUUAAUAUUUGUGUAACAUUGAUCUGAAUUAUUUUAAUAGUAAAGUUGCUCAUUUCCACAAAAAGGCAGAUAAUUCAUUUUUAUAACCUAGAUUUCAAACAGACGGAACAAAAGCACGAUUCCAUAUUACUAAACUCUUUUGUGAUGGAUUUAAGUCCGUUCAGAAUGAAGAUUGUGGAAGAACUUCUUUUUCCGAAGAUAAUUCCUCUGAAGUUGGGAGAUCAGGACGUAUGUACAGGUGGAGACCCGAUGAAUCGCAUGAUUCACAGCCAUCCUCACCAUUGGUUUUGCCAUCUACACGAAAACUGUUUUUACCUCAGCCACCUACAUUGUGUCAUCUACUCCCGAGAAAGUGUGUUCGCCUGGCCAUAGCAGCAGUUUUGAAAUUUUAUGAUCUUUGAUGUUUUCUGAAUAAAAAUUGUUACAUAUUGUU